CUAAAAAAAUGUAACAUUGGAACUAAUUCAAUUAUUGUGCGACAAAUUGCAUCAUACUGCACAAUACAAUAUUUGUAGGAUUAACUGUAGCAAUUGGAUGAGUUUGAGCAAAUACUGUAGUAUACUUUAAUAUUUGCUUAAUGCUUAUAAAGGAAAAUGUUAUGCUUAUUUUUAAUGCGGCCAGUAGGUGGCGGCAUUUUUUGUGUCAGUGAAUCAUUCAACCAACUCGUUCGAAACACCUUAUUCAUUUAAGAACGAAUCAAGUGUCUUGAUGAACGACUCACUGAAUCAUUAUCUCGUCCUAAACACGGAUUCAUUAGGAGAGAAACACCGUUGAAAGUGUUCAAAAUAAUAAGCGUAAAUGCGCAUAUGCAACAGCAGUUACGGAACUACCGUUUAAAAAAAAAAGAGCGGCAAAGCUUUAGCAUCGCGAUGCUACCGUAGCACCGGUACACUGUGCAAGUGCAACCCUACUUGCUACUAGUAUAGUUCAUAAUUGAACAAAAGCAUCAUUACCCAGCGACACGCCUAUUCAGCUGAAUGCUACGCAUGAGGUGCAGACGCGUUCAGAGCUGUUCUAAUACCGAUAUUCUAGCUGUUAUCUACGUUUUUUUCAAGUGUUAUCGUGUGAGUUUUAAAACAUGUGGUUACCUGUCGUCGUACCGUAUGUUUUUGAACCAUAUUCAAACAUAUACGACAACCGUUCUGGCAGAGCGGGAACUCCGAUGAAUCCCUUCGACCAGCGUGUAUGUCGCGCGGUGAACGAAACAGUUGCCUAGCGCGCUUCAUUUGAACCCUUUCCGCUCCGCGCGGAGCUUUCUCCCGCUAAGCGAGCAGCAGACACGUGCUUAUUUUGACAACAGAAUUGCAGACACGCAGAGCAGAAUAUUCUGUAGGAUGAUUUUAUGUAGAAAACAGUAAAAAAAGACAUGCCGGUUUUAACAAUUUCGCUGAAUUUCUUGCACGCUUUCCAAGGAUUUAGAAAUGACCCACCAUAUGCAGAGGAUGAAAGGAAACUAAAGGUCAAGAGCUCAUUAUUCAAUCUUGUCCGGGUCUAUCAUUCUCUGGAACUUACUGAUCCAAAGUUGCUCGGAUGGUAUCUUUCUUUACCAGUGGAUGACAGGACACUAGUACAACAAGAGGGAGGGCUUCUCCAGUUUAUACAAAGACACCCUAAUCUCGAAGUAGCCAGAAAGUGGGUUUAUGUGAAACAAAAAUUCAGAGGAAACUACAGUCCCCAUCCAACAACCAUGUCAUCAAACCACAAGUCAUGGUAUCCAACAUUAUCUGAUGUAUCACAGUGUCAAAACUGUGGGUACUCUUUUCAGUGUGGUACUAAGAAAUGUUAUCGUUGCGGCGUACAUGUUCAAAUUUCAGCGCAAGAAGACUCCAUCUUAGAAAACGAGAAUGACCUUGAGCUUCUACCGAGUAACGUGAGGGAAGAGCUGAAUAUCAUAACUUCUAAAAAUGAAACCAGCCAGCAGAGUUAUGGCAGCUUCAGUAAUGGAUCAUGUAAUGCACAAGCCCAGUGCUUGUCUGAACUGUGGGAGGAAGUAGAAAAAAGGGAGGACAUCAAGCACUUCCAUGACCUAACAUCCCAAGCAAACCACUCUCUCGAUAUGGAGUUGGAUAUGCAGUGUCAUGCUCAGAGAGUUAACAAUUUCCAGAAUGACCAAGACCGAUUGGAUGAGGAAUCGGAGGCUGGAGAAAAUUUCUGUGAUGCUGAUCAGGAAACCAAGCCAGAAUACUACAGUUUCAGUAGCACAAGCUUAAAUCACACAGAGUGGAGUGAUGGCAGCCAGCAUAUGGAGUCAGGCUUUAAUGAUUCCAUCAUGGCAACUAAAGGAAGUACAGAACUGUCAGAUGUACACUCAGAAACCACCAUGGCCAGUGCUGUGGAUUCUUUCUCCCGUCUCGGCCAAUCUUUUGAGCUGGCCAAUGAACCAGGAGACCAUGUUGAAUACCUUCUAAAUAAGGAACCACCAAGAUCUUUUGUGAACCAAAUAGUUGACGCCUGUGGGGAUUUCAGAGCCUGUUUCACAUCUACACGUGCAACAGAGGUUUGUCAGAACUUGCAGACGAAAGCCUGUCAAAGCGUUGCCACUGAUACAGACUCACUACCUGUUAGCAGUAAAAAAGAUACACAUGUGGCAACAUCGACAUCUGACAAGAGCAUCGUAACUGAGGUCUACAUGGCUGACUUGGAAUUUCUUACAGAGGAAUUCAUAAAGCUGAAGGAGACGGAGAAGGAACUGAAGCAGUUGAAAGAAAGAAAGUCAAGGCCUAGUCCUGGUGGUGAUCUUUGCAGGAAUGUUGGCGGGUGUGACUGUGCCCAGCGGGUGAAACGGGCAGAGCUGCGUCUUCUUGGUCUUCAGUACAUCAUGUGCCAACAGCACUGCUGGAGACGCUAUUUUACCUCCCCACUGGGUGAAAGUGCUCCUCAGGGGACUGAUCCUCUACCUGACAUCAUAGCAGAAACUCUGAAGGCACUAGAGAAAGAUUACCAUGACAUGAUGAGACAGCUUCUAGCUGGCACUCCCCUAGAUGACCUGAAGCCUUUGUCAGUAGAAUCUCAAAAGAUGAUAACUACAGGGACAAACUACAGCCCAACAUCGGUGCUUGAGGCCCAUUUAGGCUCAUUUGACUGUCUAGAAAGUACUGUUGCAAAUAACCAUGCGUUGGAUGGAAAAGAUAAAAGGACGAGAGCACCUCUGUGUCAGAACACUGAAGACAUUCAGGAUGAACCAAAUGUUGACAGCAGCAACAGAGUCGAAACUGCAGUACCUUCUAACAAGCAUCAUGGAAACUAUAGUGCCAUAAAGGAUCUUAAUGGAAGUGAAGCAUGGUUUGAUGCUGAGGAGGAACUUCAGGAUGGAAAUAUGGAGAAACAGGAGGGGAGAGAAAAUAUGAUACAAAAGAUGGAGCAAAAAGGAACUGAUCUGGAGAACUCUCAUCAUAGCUCCCUUUUGUGCGUUACCUGCUUGCCAAGAAAUGUUACUGAGCAGGAGAUGCUGAUUUUGUUUGAGAAGUAUCAUGCCACAGGUGUCAGCAUCUCCACUUUCAGCAACAAUAUCAGGGCUGCUAUUGUUGACCUCAACAGCGCCAAUGAUGCCAAGGCAGCUGUUAAAGAUCUAAAUGGGUGCACCCUCCAAGGACACACACUUUGUGUACAGCAACUGUGUGGGCCUACCUCAGCUCAUCCCAAGUUAAAUGAUCAGCCUCACGACACUGUUGAAACCAUUAAAACAGAAGCGAAUAGACAGAGAACCAAGGGGGCAUCAGCUAGAGGACCACGCUGUAGUGUUGACAGGCUGACCAAAGUGUGUGACUCACCCACGGCCUCAGGUACCUGUGUACCACAGCGCUAUGCCGACACGGGAAGCUUUAAUACAAUCAUCUUGCGGCUAUUAGAGCGCCAUCCAGACGUAGACCGUCAGAAGAUUGUUGAUGCCAUGUUAAAACUGCGGGACAUGAAUCAAGGCAUCCUUAGAGGUUUUACUUUGAACGCUAUUGUGGAUAUGACUUCUAAGCUAAUUACACAGGACAUUUCCUCUUAGUGUGUUUGAGUUUGUAAAACUUUGAGCAGCUGUUAAGGCCUUGAAAACAGUUACUUGACCAGUAUAUCUCGUGUUCAGUUGUCAGUUCCUAUUUAGGCCUGUUUGUAAGUUUCUUUUAAUGUUAUACACAGUUGUUUGGUAGUACUUAUUUUAGUGAAUUCAAAUCUUGAAUACCGAGGAACAGGCUUUUUUUUAAAUACAGAUUUGGUUCGUGACUUUUUUUGUUUUCAGCAGUCUUCAAGUUGUUAAAAAAAUGGUAAAGGUUUGCUUGUGUUGUUUAAAUAAAAUAGAUUUUCCUUG